AUGGUGGUGGAAAACCAAGCCCCUGUGUGCCCUCCUUCAUUCAUCCUCUGCUGGGGGAAACCACUUCCGUGUGGCUGUAGGGGGGGCCCUUCCCUGCCCCUCACACUUCUAUUGUGUGCAACUGUGCCCUCCCCCAAGGGAAUUGCCUUUGUGUGGCCCCUCAGUAUCCAGCUCCAUUCACAAGCCUUUGUGUGGCCCCUCAGUAUCCAGCUCCAUUCACACCCCCCCAAGGGAAUUGCCUUUGUGUGGCCCCUCAGUAUCCAGCUCCAUUCACACCCCCCCAAGGGAAUUGCCUUUGUGUGGCCCCUCAGUAUCCAGCUCCAUUCACAAGCCUUUGUGUGGCCCCUCAGUAUCCAGCUCCAUUCACAAGCCUUUGUGUGGCCCCUGAAUCCAGCUCCAUUCGCAGCCCCCCAAGGGAAGCCUUUGUGUGGCCCCUCAGUAUCCAGCUCCAUUCGCAGCCCCCCAAGGGAAGCCUUUGUGUGGCCCCUCAGUAUCCAGCUCCAUUCGCAGCCCCCCAAGAGAAGCCUUGGUGUGGCCCCUCAGUAUCCAGCUCCAUUCGCAGCCCCCCAAGAGAAGCCUUGGUGUGGCCCCUCAGUAUCCAGCUCCAUUCGCAGCCCCCCAAGAGAAGCCUUGGUGUGGCCCCUCAGUAUCCAGCUCCAUUCGCAGCCCCCAAGGGAAGCCUUUGUGUGGCCUCUCAGUAUCCAGCUCCAUUCGCAGCCCCCCAAGGGAAGCCUUUGUGUGGCCCCUCAGUAUCCAGCUCCAUUCACUGCCCCCAAGGGAAGCCUUUGUGUGGCCCUGGGAGAGACUUUAGUAGACCAUUCCCCUUACAGGUGGAGGCCCCCAACCCCAUUCCUGAGAGGGAGCCUGACUACCACAUUGAGCUAAAGAAAGCCCCCCUAAGAGAA